GGAGCCGUGGUUUGGGCAGAACCAUCAUCCGGAAGUGGAGGGGGAGGAGAAUUCUUUCACUCCGACCCCGGGGCGGAACCAGGUGAAACCUACACUCGGCUCUUCUCCUCGCUCUUGUUUUCUAUUUGUCCUCUGUCCCACCACUAUUCCCCUUCCUCAUGCCCCGAGCCCAGGGCCUCCCUCAUGCUCUUCGGCCACCCCCGUGCUCACGCGUGGUGCGGCCCGGCAGGCUCCAGCUCUGCGCAGGUUAUAAAAGUCCGGCUGCGGCAGCGGACUGCAGACUCGAGAUGCGCCCAAAGGAGCGUGGGCAGAGCUGUGCUGGGGACCGGCCAAGGCCCGGACUCAGACCUGGGGACCUCACAGCAGUCGCCUCUGCACCCCGGCCCGCGGCCAGUCCGGCUCCAGAGCCCUCGGCCAAGUCCGGACCUGCUUCCGCUCAGGCACCGGGGGUUGGACAGGGAGCGGGGUCCGGAUGCCGAUUCGUCUCGGAAGCCCCCACCGGAGCUCGCCCGGCCUCUGAGGUUGGAGUCAAGGGGAAUGCCCAGUCCAGGCCCGGCACGUCGGACGCACCAUGGACUCGCUUCGUAUUCCAAGGGCCCUUUGGUCCCCGGGCCACUGGCUUGGGGACUGGAAAGGCAGCGGACAUCUGGAAGUCGCCGGCCGCCUAUAUUGGCCGGCGGCCCGGGGUGUCCGGCCCUGAGCGCGCCGCCUUUAUCCGGGAGCUAGAGGAAGCGCUGUGCCCUAACCUACCUCGGACAAUCAAGAAGAUCACCCCAGAAGAUAUCAAAGUGAUGUUGUAUUUGCUGGAGGAGAGAGAGCGGGAUCUGAAUACAGCAGCUCGCAUUGGCCAGUCCUUGGUGAAACAGAACAGCAUUUUGAUGGAACAGAACAGCAAGCUGGAAGCCAUGCUGGGCUCAGCCAGGGAGGAGAUUUUACAUCUCAGACACCAGGUGAACCUGAGAGAUGACCUCCUUCAGCUCUACUCAGACUCUGAUGAUGAAGAGGAGGAGGAGGAUGAAGAGGAGGACGAGGAAGAAGGGGAAUGGGAGGAAGAGCAGCAGCACGAUCAGGCCUAUGAAGUCCCUCAGACGGCUUCUCAGGAAGAGCCACUGCACUAUUGCCCGCAGCUGGAGGCCCUGCAGAAGAGGCUGAGAGUGCUGGAGGAGGAGAACGACCAGCUGAGAGAGGAGGCCUCUCACCUCGACACCCUGGAGGAUGAGGAGCAGAUGCUUAUUCUGGAAUGUGUGGAGCAAUUUUCGGAGGCCAGCCAGCAGAUGGCCCAGCUGUCAGAGGUGUUAGUACUCAGGCUGGAAAACUAUGAGCGGCAGCAGAAGGAGGUCACCCAGCUUCAGGCCCAGGUCGUGAAGCUGCAGCAGCGCUGCCAGUCGUAUGGGGCUGAAACUGAAAAGUUGCAGCAGCAGCUGGCUUCAGAGAAAGAAAUUCAGAUGCAGCUCCAAGAAGAGCUGCAGGAGCUGCGGGAGAAGUACCCUGAUGGUAAGGGCAGGCUGGUUGAGACCCGGGAGGAGGUGAAGACCCUCUGCCAGCAACCCCCAGUGUCCACUGGGUCCAUCACCCACUACGCAUACAGCAUGUCCCUGGAGACUCUUGCUGAGGAGCUCAGAACAUCUCUGCAGAGGGUUAUCUCAGAUCCUGUGUAUUUCACGCAGAGGAAUUAUGGAAGGCCUAGAGGGGAGACAUCAGACCUGAGAUAUUUUCAUGACUACAGUGAGGAACGAGAGCAGGAACAGGGGUUCGAGGCCGAGGAGGGGUUGAUACCGGGGGAAGAUUUCGUGCCUGCAGAGGAGCUGGAACCCGAGGAGGAGCUGCGGGCCACAGAGGAGGUGGAAGCUGAGGAAGGGCUGAUGGAUGAAGGAGAGCUGGUGUCUGAGGAGACUGAGGCCUGGGAGGAGGUGGAGCCAGAGCUGGAUGAGGCCACUCGGAUGAAUGUGGUGACAUCAGCCCUGGAGGCCAGCGGCUUGGGCCCUUCACAUCUGGACAUGAAGUAUGUGCUCCAGCAACUGACCAACUGGCAGGAUGCCCAUUAUAGGCAGCAGCUGAGACAGAAGGUGGUCCAGAAAGGUGAGUGCUCCCAUAGGGGCCUCACUCCAGCCAGCCAGACAAGCUGCAGGUUGUCAAGCCGAUGAAAGGUGGAUGAAAGGUGAGGGUGGGUGAGCUCCCAUAGCUUACUUGCCCCAGUCUCACCCUCUCCAGUGUGCUGAUUUGCAUGGACUUUGCAUAUCAUUUGCAUGGGCACCUCAGGUCCUCUUUGGUGGUAACUGUGGCCCCAGUGCUCAGUUUUGUUGAAUUUGCUUAGGAGUCCAGAUCUCUACCCACUUUUCUCCUUGGGGCUGGGCUGGGGGUCAGGGCCAGGACUGUACCCCUCCCACUGUAUCUCAGCUUCCUGUCUCUGCCACCUACUUCUCCUGUCCUCUACCCCCAAUUCCCCUGUCUCCAAAGCUCCCCAACCCUGCAGCAGUGGCAAACAUGGGGGGUGGGAUCAUGGAGCAGUGGCCGGGGUGCUGACCCAGGCCCUGACAGCUGACUUUCAGAGGCUAGAGGAGGAGAGGACUGCCCACCCUCCCUGGGCCUGGGAGGAAGAGGGUCCUUAUGGGGCCAUGCAGGCCACUGAGACAAAGACCUCUGCCAGUAAGACCCACAGUUGGACCAAUCCCCUAAAUGAGUCUGAGGGUGGGCCAGGGUCUCCUACAGGGUGGGGGUGGAUCGGGGCUCUACUCCUCAGCUGGAAACCCCGGCGUUUAGGGGUUUCUCCUGCUGGAGUGCAGGUCAUGUGAGCCAUGCCUUUAAGGAGUUCCCAGUGACACAGAAAUGAUCUAGUGACACCCAUGCACAUUGGAGCCUUUGUACGUCCAUUAGCUCCUUUAAUUCCCAUGCCCCAUAUUUCAUCAUCCCCAUUUCUUAGUUGAAGGAGCAGGCUCAGAGAGCAGAGUGACUUGUGCAAAGUCACACAACAACAAAGAGUAGGUCUGAGUCUGUUCUCUCCAUUACUGUGUUCUAGCACAAUCCCUGCCCCAUCCAUUCUCUCUGAUGUUGUCCUGGCACCCCACCUGGCCUGUUGGGUCAGCCCUGAACUUAUAACUUGUUGACAGCCUCCAUUAUAUCUGUUCUAUCCCCAUUUUGAUGGUCCUUUGGUCACCACUGGGUGGAACAGCACUGGCCUUACAGGGCCACUGUGUAAGCAGUGCUGUGCAGGUUAUAAACUGAACUGCGAGCCCUAUGGCAGUGGGUGACCUGCGUAACUGUCAGCAGUGGCUUUCUGCCCUCUUCUGAUAUGGCUGACCAGACCCCGGUCCACUACCUAGGCCAGGCCCGUGGUCGUCAGGCUCCCUGUUCGCGUCUGCCCCCUUCUCUUCCAGGCUUUGCUGUUUCCCAGCAGCCUACUGAAGCCCCACCGACAGCUUGAGGUGCCUCCUUCCGCUGCCUGGUCAAGUCCCACCCACCCCAAACCCUCCUUCCUUCCUCUGAAAUGGGAUCCCAUGUCUGUCACCAGCCUACCCUCUGUUCUGAUGAACCUGGGCCACAGCUUGAGGGCUCAAGCUUUGACCCUUAUCUGGGUCAGGCUGAAGGAGACCUGGCCCUCAUUCUGCAGCUGAUGGGAAGCUGCAGCUGCUGGGCCUGGACCACAUGGUGGCCCCAGGGGUGGGAGAAGCCCAGGGGGAGACUCACUGGCUACCAGUCCAGCUCUGAGCUGAGGCUGGGGGGUUCUGGUCCUAGGUCCCAGGUGUAGGACACUGUGAGCACCCUCUUAACAAUAUGCUCCUCACCCUUUGACCCCACAUUAAAGGUGGCUCACAAGUCCUUGCUGACUUGCAGGACCUGGCCCUCUGGCCUGACCUUUGUCCUUCUCAGUCCCUGAUUACUAUGUGUAGCCACAGUGUCUCUCUGUGUGGGUGGGGGAGGGGUCCCUCUGCCCAGUGGGUUGUCUUGCCUCCUUUCCUGCCACUGGUGGCCUGAGAGUGUCCAGGCUCCCCUGCUGUCCUCCCUCACACCCCUCAUUUCCUUGGUCUAGAUGCUCUGCCCUUUCCCUCCACUUGGAUCAGAAAUCGCUGAGGUAUGGUUCUUGGGCCUCCCUUGGGUGCCUGGCCUGCUCCUCACAGUGCUUCUCGGUCUCCCUUUGCUUGUCAACCUGUGUCCAUGCCAGUGCAGGAAAUAAAGGACCUCUGUGCUAAUGUG